AUGUUCUCGAAAAAAAGAGUACGAAACUUAUCAGAUAUCGUAAUUUUUGUUGAUAAAAAACUGUAUUUUUGGAAUUGGCCGGUAGUUUGUCGGAUCUUGGUCGGCUUCCCACAAUGUCUUUGCCGGAAUCUGACCAAGUUCCAUCCUGAAGCCGACCAGCCUCCGGCCAGAAGUUGCCGGCGACGCCCGAGAAUGCCUCAAAAUCGGUCAAAAUUGACAGAAAAAUGGAAAAAUCGAUUUUUCGAAACUUUUAACAACAACGGGAAAAAAAGGAAGAAGAAAAAUGAUGAUAUGGUCAUCAUCUUGAUAGAUAGAGACCACCCGGGCGGCACGGCACGAUUUACAAGAUACUACGGCCGAAGAAAAAACGAUUUCAAUGAAAACAUGAUAGAAAAUGUGAAGAGAAUUUAG